CAGCGCAGAUGCAGCCAAUGAUGGUUCCUUAUCAGAUUCCCCCGGUCAGCCUGCAAAUCCGGCCUUGAGACCCUUUGCACCAAUGCCCAAUGGUUAUACUGCCAUACCAGGAGCUCCGCAAGGGACCAUGCCUCCACCGGUGUCUUGAUUGAAUACAUUGAGAAAGAUUGGAAGGCUUCAUAUUGCUUAAAGAUCUCCCUCUACAACUCUUUCUUGGUAUGCACGUAUUUGCUUGGUUUCUUGCUUGUCUUUUGCUAAAGUUGGGAACAAAGUUUACACAGAGAUAUUAACAGUGGAAAAAUUAUGUUAUCUUGUCAUUCUAAACAAUAUGUGGUUGUGUCAUGAUCAUAGUGGGCUACUUUAUGCUAGUUAUAAAAGUACUUUUCCUUCAAUGAUUUUAUGAAUUCCAGAAGCCGACCGUAUUUGCAACUGAAUGCACGUUGGCCUUGUGUCCCAAGGUAUUGCAAUCUUUUCAAUUCUCUUUUUCUCUAUUGCGGUUUCCAUUCUUUCUUUUUCUUGGUGCAUCUUGGGUUGCUGACAACUGAUAUGUAUAAAAAGAAUAAUUAAUUCAACUAGAAUUUCAUCUUAUUAAAUUCUGCAUACAUGAGAUGUUGGAAGUCUCAUGUUACUUGCAAUUGGUGGAUGGGAUAAUUUGAAGAGGCUGCAAGUAAUCAAACAAAGGAAUGCCCAGGUUUCCACACCCUUAUGGAACUAUGGUUCGUCCUUCAUUUCCUCCACGCCCACCUGGAGCUGUUAAUGUGCUUCCAGCUGUAUCACGCCCACCCGUAGCAGGAAUCCCUCCUGUUCGCCCUGUCAUUCCUCCUGUGGUUAGACCAGUGGUUGCUCCUAACAUUACACCUGCUGAUAAACCACAAACUACGGUUUAUAUUGGAAAGAUUGCAUCAACAGUGGAAAAUGAAUUCAUGCUUUCACUACUUCAGUUAUGUGGACCUAUCAAGAGUUGGAAACGUCCUCAAAAUCCAACAAAUGGAACUCCUUUAAGCUUUGGAUUUUGGGAGUUUGAUUCUGCUGAAGGCGUUCUCCGUGCAUUGCGUCUGCUCAAUAAUUUGAAUGUUGAUGGGCAAGAAUUAAUGGUCAAUCCUAAUGAUGCUACGAAAGAAUAUCUGGAGAAGUAUGUUAAGAAGAAAAAUGAGAACUUGCAAAAGGAUACGCAGGCUGUUGGAUCUGACAAAGAUGAUGAGAAUGCACCACCUUCGAAUGCAAAAGAGGAUGAAAAGCCAGAUGACUCAAAGAAAGAUGACAGCAAGUCAGGGAACAAGGAAAAUCAUAAUGCGACAAAUCUUGGUAUCAUUACUGAUGAAGACAGGGAAGCUGAUAGAGAGGCCUUGGAGAAGAUUACAAACAUGAUAGAGGAGAGACUGAAGACAAGACCUUUACCUCCACCUCCUGCACAGGCAGCUCCUGAUGGCGCUGCAAACUCAGCUUUGGAACAACCUUCAAAGGCAAGAGAUGGAGACUCUGAUGCAGAUACAGUGAAUAAUGAAGCAGGUGAUGAUAGAAAUGACAAGGAAACAAAUAGUGAGAACAAAGCAACCAGUGAACAUGAUAAGCCUGAGACCCCUGAUAGAAGGCAUGAUAGGAGGAGCAGAGAAAGAGACCGAGAUAGAGAACUAAAACGAGAAAAGGAUAGGGAGCUUGAAAGAUAUGAAAGAGAAGCAGAGCGGGAACGCAUUAGGAAAGAGAGGGAACAGAGGAGGAGGAUUGAGGAGGCUGAGCGCCAGUACGAAACAUGUUUGAAGGAUUGGGAGUAUAGGGAAAGAGAGAGAGAGAAAGAACGUCAAUAUGAGAAGGAGAAGGAGAAAGAACGGGAGCGCAAACGUAGAAAGGAGAUACUUUAUGACGAAGAGGAUGAUGAUGAUGAUUCAAGGAAGAGGUGGCGCAGAAGUGCGUUAGAUGAGAAACGAAAGAAAAGAAUGCGGGAAAAGGAAGAGGACCUGGCUGACAGACAAAAGGAAGAGGAAGAAAUUGCUGAUGCCAAAAGGAGGGCUGAGGAGGAUCAACAACUGAAGCAGCAGAGAGAUGCACUGAGGCUAUUUUCUGAGCAUGUCAAUGGUGGUGAAAAAAGUAUGGCUACUGAGGAUAUGACUAAUCAGGCCAAAAAUAUUGUUCCUCAACAAGACACUGUUGCUGACCAUGGUUAUGAAGGCCAUAUAGGUGAUGGUAAUCCGCUAAAUGGCAUCAAUGAUGAAUCAACCAUGGCAUCAGUUGCUGUUUCUGAUGCACGACAGAGUGGCAAUGUCCCUGCUAAGAAGUUGGGUUUUGGAUUGGUUGGUUCUGGGAAAAGAACUACUGUUCCUUCUGUCUUCCAUGAGGAUGAGGAGGAUGAUGCACGCAAGGAUAAAAAGAUGAGGCCUCUGGUUCCAAUUGAUUACUCAACUGAAGAACUGCAGGCUGUUCAAUCAACUGUUUCUGGGGCCCCACCUGCAAAUUUGGCUGCAGCAGCGGAAUUUGCUAAGCGCUUAUCCAAUGCCAAUAUCAAGGAAGAGAAGGUAGAUGGAGAUUGGGAUAGAAUUAGGCGUUCUAGUGAGAAGUCUAACUACCGAGAUAGGGACAGGAAUGAUGAAGAUGGCUCUCACAACAAAGAUGAAAGCAGGGAAAAAAUUUCUGAUCGUGACAGGGAUCGAGAUCGUGGGUUGGAGAAAUUGAAGACAUCAGAUAACAAAAAGCUAUUAGAUGCGAAACAGUUGAUUGAUAUGAUACCGAAGACCAAAGAUGAGCUCUUCUCAUAUGAGAUAAAUUGGGCAGUGUAUGACAAGCACCAUCUACAUGAAAGAAUGAGACCGUGGAUAUCAAAGAAGAUCACAGAGUUCUUGGGGGAAGAAGAAACGACAUUGGUAGAUUACAUAGUUUCAAGUACACAGGAACAUGUGAAAGCAUCGCAGAUGCUGGAGCUGCUCCAAUCCAUUUUAGAUGAAGAAGCUGAAAUGUUCGUUCUCAAGAUGUGGAGGAUGCUUAUUUUUGAAAUAAAGAAGGUGGAGACAGGCCUUGCUUUGAGGUCAAAAUCUUGAUUCUAUAUAUUUUUUUUAAUGCACAUGCUCUAUUUUUUGAUGCUGGACCGAAUUUUUCCCCACAAUGCCCUUAGUUGGUUAUGUCUUAACCCAAAAAGUGUACAUUGGAAUGCCUGAUCAUCAACGCAUUAAUGCAAUAUUUUAUUCUGUAUUGCUUCAA